GCUUCGGAAUCCACCCCAUCUUCCUUCCUGCCAAUUCUCGUCGCUUGCAGUGUCCUGGUUCGAUCGCCACACGCGACCUCGCUGCCCAUUUGCGCCAUUCUCCUUUCGUUGUUGGGCGCAUUCUCGAUUUCAUCUCAUUCCCCGUGGUUCAUGCCGGAGUGUGUCUUUGGAGGUCUUGGGUAGAUCUGUGAAGUUCAUCCUUGGAGAUUUGUUUUGGAAGGAAGAGAGAAAAUGGCAGGCUCAGCGGAUGAUUGGGUGAAGGGCUCUGUGCUUCCCAAUGGCCUUGCUGUCAUCACGCUGGACCGCCCCAAGGCCCUUAAUGCUAUGAAUGCAGAUAUGACCGCGCUGUACAAGAAGUACCUCGAUGAGUGGGAGAACGACAGCAAUGUGCGGGUAGUGCUGGUUGAGAGCUCCUCCUCACGCGCCUUUUCUGCAGGUAUGGAUGUAAAAGGGGUGGCAGCAGCGGUAAAGGAAGAUGUUAAGACAUCUGUGGUGCCAAUGACAUUCGGCAAUGAAUACAAGUUGAUCUGCAAAAUAGCACGGUACACGAAGCCAUACAUCUCCUUAAUGGAUGGUGUUACUAUGGGGUUUGGCAUCGGCCUUUCUGGCCAUGGUCGCUUCCGCGUGAUAACUGAGAAAACUAUUCUGGCGAUGCCGGAGAAUGGGAUUGGCCUUUUCCCUGAUGUCGGCUUUGCUCAUAUUGCUGCAAGAAGCCCAGGAAAUGGGUCAGUAGGCUCGUACAUGGCCAUGACAGGGGGGAGGGUUUCGAAUCCAGCUGAUGCUUUGUUUGUUGGUCUGGGUACACACUUUGUACCUUCAGAAAAGUUGACAUCUUUGAAAGAAGCUUUCCGCAACCACAAUUGGUCAAAUAAUGCAUGGGAGGCAGUGGAAGAUGUUUUGACAGCUCAUCAAGCAAUUCCAGAAUCAGAUUCUUCACUCGAAGCUCUUUUGCCUGCAAUUACUGCUUGUUUUGGAGCUAGCCUCUCAGCGACGGACACUAUCAAGGCGCUUAAGGAACACCAAUGCUCUGAUGACUUCUCAGUGGCAGAAUGGGCAAAAGGAGCACUGGCUGGAAUUGCCAAGGGGGCUCCCUUUAGCCUUUGCUUGACUAAACUUCACUAUGCAACGGUAGCUCUAGCGGCAGAAAAUGCUAUUCCAGCAGACUCGCCUGAAAACGAUCAUUCCCAGAUCGAAGGGGUCAUGAAAACUGAAUACAGACUAGGUUUACGGACGUCAACGAGGUCGGACUUCGUCGAGGGUGUGAGGGCAGUGCUUGUUGACAAAGAUCAAAAACCGAAAUGGCAACCAGCAGCAGUGGAAGAUGUAGCAUUACCUGAUGUUGUGGCCGUAUUUGAGAAGUUUGAGAAUACUAUGGAUGAAUUGGAGAUCCCAGCUCCGGCUGCCUGAUUAGUGGGCAGUAAUAUUCCUGCCGAUCUGUGAAUGAUAAUCCUAGAGAAGCUUAAAGGAUAACUCAAUAAUUGGUUUUGACUAACAUGUAGCUUUAUUGGAUCCCUAAGCAGCUUAGAGUAUUGCAGAUAUAACCUAGUCAUGUUAACAUAAAUCAGAGUUUUGGCAAACUAUCUGCGAAACAACUAUCUGCUUAAAUGUUUUGGUGUUGCAAUGAAAGGAAUCUUGUUCACAGAAAUAUUGGAAAAGAAAUUGAUGAUGAA